AUGCGGGUUGGAGGUUCGAUAAUUUGUUUGAGAUUGAGUUCUGACGUCAUUUCGGUAGGUUACGUCAUUUCGGUUAUCUUAACGGACAGCAAGCCCUGUGUACAGGCCUAUGAAAAGCUUUGUCGUGGUGAAUUCUCCGCAAGCCCAAGGGUGUCAACGUUUCUGUCUGCCGUAAGCCGAUACCAGGCGUCUGUUAGACAUGUAUCUGGCUCUGCUAUUUUCCCCUCUGACUUUGCAAGUCGCAACGCCGCACUGUGUGAAGAUGAGGCAUGUCAAAUUUGCUCAUUUACGAAACAGACCCAAGACUCUGUUAUCAGACGAGCAUCGGUACAGGACAUAUUAGCUGGUGUAGGGCGACUUCCGUUCACUAGCCGAGCCACUUGGGGGACCAUACAAGCUGAAUGUCCCGAAUUACGACGCACUCGCGCCCACCUACUACAAGGAACACGCCCAUCGAAGAAACUCACAAACGUUACGGAUGUAAAAAUAUACCUCCUUGUUGCUACCAUUGCCAAAGACGGCUUGCUGGUUGUUAAACGAAAUGAACCACUCGUGCCAAGCCGGGAAUGUAUUAUUGUCCCUCGGCAAGUACGAGAAGGUUUGCUGACGACUCUACAUAUUCGUCUCAGCCAUCCGUCCAGCCAUCAGCUUAAAGUCGUUGUAAAACGUUAUUUGUUUGCCUUGGACAUGGACAAAGUUGUUAAUCGUGUAAGUGAAGGUUGUCACCAUUGCGCCGCAUUACGAAAGACCCCAACAGCACGUAUAGAACAGUCGUCCUGCUCUCCACCAAGUACUGUUGGUGUGGCAUUUGCUGCCGAUAUCGCCAAACGUUCCAAACAACUGAUCCUGGUAUUGCGAGAGUGUGUAACCUCACUCACAGCUACAACUCUUCUCGAAAACGAACGCCAUGACACGUUUCAUGAUGCCCUAAUCCGUCUGUGUGUCCCAAUAAGACCAUUAGAUGGACCCAUAGCAGUCAGUGAACUGAUCCAGCACCCCGAUUCAAAGCUCUUGCAGACGAUGAUACUCUGA